AUGAUGGAAAGAAACCUCAAGGUUGGCACGUCCUCCUCUGCUCUUUUGGAGGAUGGUGGUAAGAUUGUCGAGAAGGUAUUGCCUCUCAUGGGCUCGGGCUCUGGUAUAAGGCCGGGCAUUGCCCCGAACAUCAAAUUCGGAGGGUCCGGAUCAUACCCUGAUCUUCCCUGGGUAUCCACAACCGGGACUGGACCAAAUGGCAGGACCAUAUUGGGCGUAACAUACAACUUCGGCAGAAACAAAGUGAAGAUCAUGUGUGCUUGCCAUGGCACACACAUAACGCCUGAGGAGUUCACGCGACACGCUAGCGUGGAUGCCACGGGCCAGGAGAACAACGCUACAAUGUCGGUGUUUCCUGUCGGGAAUCAAGCAGCCUCAGCCCAAAACUAA